CUGCAGUCAUGUGACUUUUUUGUCUCAACACAAUCGGCAGUGUUUGUCAUUGGUCGAUUUCUUUGAAAGAGCAUUGGUCUCCAGGGCGACAGAGAAUGGCGGAACCACUUUACUUUUCUCUCCUGCUCCCACCCCUCCCCUCCACAUCGCGCUGAGUGUGUGGGGGGCUCUUAUUCACUCCACUGGAUCAGGUAGCAGUGUAACACACUCUCACAGUGACAGGGCUGUUUCUCUCUCUUGCUCUUCUUUCACACCACCACAGAGACCCAGACAAACGGUUGAAGUCUACUAAAAAAAGCUUUUGUGUUCCACACUGAGGUGCUCCAUGCAUGACUGAGAGAGAGAGAGAGCCCUUCCCUGCACUGGCUGUGGGAUGACACCGAACUGGUCUAGACUGGAUGACAGCAGAGGAAGAGAUACAGGCUACCAGAGAGGAGUCGGUAGUACCAUGCAAUGCUGAACUGAGCCAAACCGAGCCAAGCCAAGCGGAUCUAAACUGAAGUCCUUGUCACAUCUCGUAGCGUGGCGUCUCAGAUGGAGCUGAAGGUGUGGGUGGAUGGAGUGGUGCGCGUUGUCUGUGGCCUAUCAGAGGAGACUUCCUGCCAGGAUGUGGUCAUCGCACUGGCUCAGGCCAUUGGUCAGACGGGUCGCUACGUGCUAAUCCAGAGACUGAGGGACUCAGAGAGGCAACUGUUAGCCAAUGAGAAGCCCCUGGAGUCCCUGGCCAAGCUGGGCCAGCACAGCAACGAUGUCCAGUUCUUCCUGCGCCGCACCGGCCCCAGUAGCAGUGAUGGACCAGGGUCUGGCUCUGGCUCCAGCCAGGACCGGGUCACCCCUCUUCCCCUGCCCAAACACCCCAACCCAGAGCCCCUCAAACACAACCAGCCCAAGAAGUCCCUUACCUUCAACCUGGGGCCCUCCACCUCCCCCAGAACCAAAGCCAAGCAGCUCAUCAGAAAGUCUCCCCGCGACUCCCCCGAACAGAGGGCCUCACCCAGCCCCAUCCCUCCCCACUAUGCUCCCUCCCCACACUCCCACUCCCCCUCUCCCUCCUCACACUCCCCUUCUCCCUCCCCCCACUCUUCCUCUCCCUCCCCUCCAGUGGGCCCAUCCAAAGAGGAGGUUUUCCGGCAGGUUCUUCAGCAGCAGGAGAGGCUGAGGGCCAUUGAGGCCCAGCUGGAAGCCAUGGAGAGAGACUCUCGGUCCUGGAACAGGGCCUCCCCGGCCCCCUCCCCUGUCCCAGAGGCUCGUCUCCCGGAGGAGAUGGAAGCUCUGGAGCAGGCAGCCAGGAGGAACCAGGCCGAGUUGGCCCACGAGACGUUCUGGGAGGAAGAGCUGCAGGCGGAGGUGGAGAGAGAGAGGGGGAUGAGGAGGAGGCUGGGGGAGCUCCAUUCCAAGAUGGACGACUGCGGCCGGCGACUCCARGACUUCUCGUCUCGCUCCGCCCAGCUUGAGCAGCAGAUCCAACAGGAGAGCCUAGGUGGCGCCGCCCCGCCUGGGAGGGCCAAUCAGGCAGGGGGUGAGGAGUCCCUAGGGGCGAUGAGGGCGGAGCUACAGAGCCAGGGGAGGCACAGCGAGGAGCUGGAGGGGGCGUUAUCAGAGACGGACAAGGGUCUGGGGAAGGCCGAAUCACUGCUGCAGGAGAAGCAGGAGGAGUUGGAGGAGCUGAACAAGGAGUUGAGGCAGUGUAACCUGCAGCAGUUCAUCCAGCAGGCGGGAGUCCUGCCGACACACACACAUUCACGCACAGACCUCAACGACCAGCUAGAACUGGCUCAUCUGCUACAGGAAAGAUACAGGAACGGAGGCCUGGGCCUGCUCCCCUCAGAGUCGCCUCCCCGCCCCACAGCCAAGCAGUUCCUGGGACACCCCCGCAACCUGCAGAACCCGCUGGUGUCCAGCCUCAACCCUGAGGUCGUGACAUCCAGAGAAUCGUCAUGGAGAUAAAACAAGGGACAGCAGGGCCAAGGAGUUGUUCACUGUUCAGUUAAAGGGAUAGUUCACCCAAAUUACAAAAUUACAGGAAACAGUGGCAGGAACACUAAUCCAAAGCAUGGAUUGUUGUCAUGCAUUGUCUAUACUGCUUACAGGGUAAGGAAACCAAUAUGUAAUUUUGUGAUUUGGGUGAACUAUCCCUUUAAUGUCACCACCACAUAUUCUAUUUAACCCCUGUUUGUCUUUAUAACUACUGUCUGUCAUUAUUAUUAUCCAGAUUACCACAUAUGCUACAGUGGAUGCUGCUGAGGGGAAGACGGCUCAUAAUAAUGGCUGUAAUGGAGUCAAUGGAAUGGCAUCAAACACAUGGUUUCCAUGGUUGAUASKAUUCCAUUUACUCCGUUCCAGACAUUAUUAUGAGCCGUCUUCCCCCCAGCAGCAUCCACUGAUAUACUAUAUACAUACUGUAUAUACUACAUAAAUAUAUUUACAGCAUUUGGCUACUGUAUACCGUAUGAAGUACGAUACAUAGUACCUAUGUAUGAAAUGUAAAAUAAUUUAGGAAACCUUUUACCUAGAGAAUUAUUACUUUUUCUGUGUAUUUAAAUAUAAUAAAAGAUGAGGCAUUAUGUUUUAGAUAAUCUGGC